AUCACGUAGAGAUGGAGAAGUGAACAUAAUGGGUGAAUACGGAUAUGGCAAGCGAAACAAAAGAGGUGAAAGGUUUGUCCAAUUUUGUCUUCAAAACAACCUGAAAAUAGCGAACACAAUGUUUAAGAAACCACAUAAGCUACGAUGGACAUGGAGAUCACCUGAUAAUACAGUUAAAAAUGAGAUAGAUUUCAUUGCUACAAACAAGCCGCAAAUUAUACUAAACUGCAAUGUCAUCAGUAACUUAAAACAUCCAAGUGACCACCGCUUAGUAAGGAUUACUACCAACAUAAAUGUUAGAAAGCAGUCAAGAUGUAAAUUCAAUACUAAACUUUCAAACAACUUUGACUGCAAAAACUACAGCUUACAUCUUUCUAAAUUCGAAGACACAGAGAGUACUUCAGUACAAACUUACUACGACAGUAUUGAAAAAAUGAUUCUAGAGAGUGUGAAAAUUACUUCACGCCCACAGAAAGUGCGAAAUAGAAGGGAGGAAAUAAUGACACAAGAGGUAAUGGAACUAUAUGAACGAAAACAUAUAUUAAGGGAAAAAGAAAACAAAACAAAAGAAGAAAAACAUGAACUAAGUAAAAUACAUAGAAGAAUUAAAAAGAAAAUAGAGAGAAAUAGAAAAAAAUAUAGAUGUGGCAUUAUAGAAAAUUAUUUGAAAAAAACAGGAGCAGUCAAGAAGGCAAACAAGCAUUUAAGUAAUAACAAACAACUGAUGAAUCAAUUACGGGCAGAAACAGGAGCAGUAGUCACAAAUAGGAAAGAAUUAGUACAAGUUGCGACAAAUUUCUUUAAAAAACUAUACAUGCCGACAGAAUCUCCUGAGGAAUAUUUUGAAUUGAAGCAAAAUAUAUGCGAAGAAAUUCCAUUGUUCCUCGAAAGUGAAGUAGAAAUGUCAAUAAAAACGUUAAAACUGGAUAAAAGCCCCGGACCAGAUGGAAUUACUAACGAGAUGAUCACUGCUGGAAAAGAUACACUGAUUAGGCCAUUAACUAAGCUAUUUUAAUAACGAAAAAGAUACCAAAACAAUGGACAAGCACGGAUAUAGUACUACUAUUCAAAAAAGGCGAUUCAAAAGACAUCUCCAAUUAUAGACCCAUCAGCCUCAGUUCGUGUAUAUACAAAUUAUUCUCGAAAACAAUAUUAAGACGAUUAACUAAAAUAUUGGACGAAAAUCAGUCAGUGGAGCAGGCGGGAUUUCUACAAAGUUUUUCGACAUUAGACCAUAUCAACACAGUGAAAAUUAUCAUAGAGAAAUACUGUGAAUACAAUAUACCACUAUACAUAUGCUUCAUAGAUUACAGCAAAGCUUUUGACUCAAUCUCUCAUAACUCAAUUUGGAAAGCUCUGUCCAUGCAAGGCAUAAAUACAAAUUACAUUGACAUAGUCAAAGAGAUAUAUGAAAAAAGUACUUCCAAAAUUAAAUUAGAUACUCCAGGACCAUCAUUCAAAAUAGGAAGAGGAGUAAAACAAGGAGACCCGCUAUCACCGAAGCUUUUUACGUCUGUUUUAGAGGAAGUCUUUAGAGCACUAAACUGGGAAGAUAAAGGGCUCCAACUUCACGGCAAAGAUCUCUCACAUCUCAGGUUUGCAGAUGAUAUUGUAUUAUUCUCAGAAGAUGCAAUAGAAAUGCAAUUUAUGAUAAACUCACUCUGCCAAGAAAGUAAGAAAGUGGGCCUCGAAAUAAAUCAAGACAAGACAAAAAUAAUGACUAACAGAGAACAGGUACCUAUAAGUCUUAAUGCAAAAUUUAUUGAAUAUGCUGACGAUUACAUUUACCUAGGGCAUGUAAUAUCCUUCAAAUCCUGCAAUGAGAAAGAAAUAGAACGUAGAACUAAAAGCACUUGGAAUAAAUACUGGUCGAUGAAGGAAAUUUUCAAAUCAAAUUUGCCAACGAAGCUUAAAACAAAAGCUAUGGAGACCUGUUUAAUGCCAUGCCUCACUUACGCUUGUCAGACAUGGCCUCUAACCUAUAGAAACUUAGAAAAAAUUAAAGUUUGUCAGAGAGGAAUUGAGAGAAGUUAUAUGGGGCUAAGAAUAAGAGACAAAAUUAAAAAUGUCACAAUAAGAAAUAAAACAAAAUCAAAAAAUGUAGCCUUAUCUGUUCUGCGUUUAAAAUGGAAAUGGGCUGGACAUAUACAAAGAACAAAAGACGAAAGAUGGUCCAAAGUAGUAACGAAUUGGUACCCUAUAAAUAGGAAACGAAAUCGAGGCAGGCCUAAUAAGAGAUGGAGCGAUGACAUAGUAGAAACAGCAGGAAAGAUGUGGACAAGAAUUGCAAGAGACAGGAACAAGUGGAAAUCAAUGGAGGAGGCUUUUACUGCUAAAGGCGGUCCUUAUGUCGAAAUUAAUAACUAAUUAUAAUAACAAAAUUUAUAUUUUUAUUUAAAAUAGUGAAUACUAACACAUACUAACAAAUACAAUUUAUAAGUAAAUAUCUUAAUG